CAUUUAUGAUCGAAAGCAGCUAGAACUAGGGUUUCGUUACAAGUCACAUAAGAACCCAACCCCUUCUCUUUUCUAUCGGCCCCUGAAAACCCUAACAACGAACCGCUAAGAGCUCUCUGUCCCUCGAUUUUCUCUUGAUGGCGAAGUCGAAGAAUCACACGGCUCACAACCAGUCCUACAAGGCCCACAAGAACGGCAUCAAGAAACCCAAGAAGCACCGCCACACCUCCACCAAAGGGAUGGAUCCCAAGUUCUUGAGGAACCAGAGGUAUGCAAGGAAGCACAACAAGAAGAGUGGGGAAUCAGCCACCGAGGAAGAGUAAACAUCUUCAAAAAUGGCACUUUUAGGGUUUUCAUUUGUCUGUUCACUUUUUUUUUUUUUUUUUUGCCGUUGAAGUAUACUGAUGUGACUUUAUGCUAUUUUUCUAAUUCAGUAUGAAACUAUAUUAAUUAGAGAGUUCAUUGUUGCACUUCACUUCCAAGUAUGGGCUUAAGCUCAUCCACUAUUUUGUGGAUUGUUAUUGCUGUCUUUUGAAAUUCCCUCAAAAUUCUGAAAUAUUACUAGUAACUCUUUUGGAA